AUGCACACAUCAAGAUCCAGGAGCGCACAUUCCUUCGAAGGAUGCAAGACAUGCAGGAAACGUCACCUGAAAUGCGACCAAACCACACCAAGGUGUAAACGAUGUUGCAUCUCAGGCUUGAAGUGCGAUUUCAGAGCCGGCCUUCGCUGGGUUCUAGUAAACGGUCCAGACAACUUAAGCACGGCGAUUUCUCCUGCAAACGAAGCUACACAGUAUUCCCGGCGUCAUCUAUACUCUGAUGAUUUGAGAAAGGUGAUGAGCACUUCUCUCUUUACCAGCUUGCCCUCUACUGUCAACGAAGCUCUUUUCAAGAUCGACAACCAGGCCAAAUCAGUGGAAUCCAGGGAGGAAAUGGAAAUCACCAUUGGUCCUUUCAACGUCUUUCACGGAUGCGACAACCUGUCUUUUUCGGAAGGCACCACCUCACCAUCAAACCUGGGAUAUUCUUUGCGAGACAUUGAUUACGCAACGGCCGAUGUCGCCGGAAGUUGCGGUCCCAAUGUAAAUGAUCUCACUGUGUCUGACGCUCUUGACGAGCUUCUCUCGAGCUCUCUAGAUGUUCUUCAAUGGGGGGACUUGUUCACCUGGGGUGCGGAAGGAAACCAUCUCCCCCAUCUGGGCUACUCCAUUGACGAAAUCCCAUGUUCUAAUCAAGAACCGCACACUACACUAGACGACUGGACAAUCCGUGAAACGAUCAAUCACCAAACGACGGACGCUCGAGGAUCCGGCAGCGUGAGGCCUGGUGUCAUCUCAGAGCCGAACGAAGAUCUAGUUGCGGACGCUCCGCUUCUUUUGAAACACUUUUAUGAUGAAGUCAUAAAUCAAAUGGGCUCACUACCGAUCAACGAGAAGUCUGCAUGGAGGAUUUUGAAUUUUCCUUCUGCCAUCGUCACACUCAGUCAGCUCACUAUGCUUGAACUCCCCAUUUAUGAUACUCGACACGCCAACUUGUCAAACCUUUACGCCAUCAUCGCGGUUUCCGCAUUUCAUCUCUCACUCAAUUCAGAGAGCUUCCCAGAACUGACAAAGCCCGAACGGUACUGGAAAUCCCUAUCCGAGAGGACAUAUGACUGCGCCAAGUUUCACCUGAAGCUUACCUUGGAGGAGGAGUCUGCUGGCCCCAAAAAGGCCAAGUACAAAGAACAGCUGAUGGCAGCCGCAGCUAUCCUUGCAACCGCGGCAAGUAUUCUCUCUCUAUUGUCUGGAAACGAACAAGAUACAUGUCGAUAUCUCUUAGAAAUGGAGAGGCUGAUCCGUGUUCGCGGGUUGCGGAAGCCAAAGUUAUCACGUCGAGCACGACUGUUACACAACAUUUAUGCCUGGAUGAGAAUAGUCUCGGAAAGCACUAAAACUUUCCAUGAUGAAUCACCAGUACUCGAUCCAAUUAGCAUCAGCGAUGGCAGGGUCACCACUCAAGAACACUUACUGAGCAAAGCCCAUCCAGAAACUACUCUUGAUAACUUCCUUCACUUGGAACCAUUGCAACUUCAUUCCGAUCCAACUUCCGGCACUACCAUCAAUGAUGAUAUGACGCAUGCCAACAAAGAUAUACAUCUAGCAACUUCGAUACAGGAUCAAGAGGACUUGUAUAUGCAGAUAUAUGGCGUGCCCGAAACCUGGCUGAGACUUGUGUCCCAGAUUACACGAUUAGCUAACGUUAUGGACCGCCUCGCGCCAAAUGAAAGCCAGCUUGACGCCAUCAAGAUGGCAGCACUGCAACCAAAAGCAUCCUAUCUAGAAGAAGCUGUUUGUGCCUUCAAAGCAAGAUAUCACGGUCAGUACGAGCAGGAUUUGAAUACCGAGAAGCCUCACGUGCAUAUGGUGCGGGCAUUACGCCCGGCCUUGAUGAUAUUCUUCUAUCGCAGGAUCCGAAACAUUAAUCCUAUGCUGCUUCAAGAAAGUGUCGAUGAGGUGAUGGAGGCGUUGCAAGGGUUUGAUGAAGCGUUGAGUCGAAAUAACCUGCUAGGGCCAGGCACAGCUUGGCCAGCUUUCAUUGCAGGUGCAGAAGCGACGAAACCAGAGAGGAGGGCACAAUUCAGUUCUUGGCUAAACAGAGCCUACACUAAGUCAGGAUGGAAAGGCUAUUGUGUGUCGAGUGAAGUUUUGUGUGAAGUUUGGAGGCACCAGGAUGCGGAUGCAAACACAUCACGGAGCUCAACGUGGGUAGAUGUUUGCAGGGUGAACCGUCGCUGGCCGCUAUUAUGUUGA